ACACAAACACGUCGCAGGCAUGCUUGCGUCGCACUCUCAUCGAGUGGCGAUAACAGACGCGUGAAUUUAAAACAAUUAUAUAAAUCAAUUACGAUUAGUUGUGUUUUUCACUGCGCUAAGUAACACGGAUCUAACUUAAUAUAACCAUCAAAUCAUUGCGGGCAACCUGGAGACGAAAUUUUGGGACUGGCUGGCGCUAUCGGUAUAUCGGCGUUGCGCUAUCACUGGUGUUGACCUUUGUCUGGAGAGUAAUAACAAACGGCAUAUUGGACUGCAGUCACUUUACGGAUCGCAUCAUCCUAUGCGUCAGUUCUCUGCGUGCGUUGACGAGCAUGUUCGUUGCGUUGCCAUCGUGACUAGGGCAAUCUGCACGUCCCAGUGUCCUGCACCUUUUCGCCAUUGAUCAACAACACGAUGGCGCACACAGUCAUCGUGAACGUAGGCAUCUACGACUCGAUGCGCAUCCGAUUCUUGGCUCUGGUGCUCGGUUUAUGGAUCAUCUUGAAACGUUUCACGAAAUGGGCCUGGAACCCAACCGGAUUCUUCAGCAUCGAGCUGCGGGAUAACCCUCCAAGUUGUUUGGUUGAUACUACACUAGGACAACACAAAUAUGUUAAACUUAAAGGAAUUAAAUUCCAUUAUGUUGAAGCCGGUGGAAGAUCUCAACCAUUAGUAGUCCUCCUACAUGGAUUUCCAGAUUGUUGGCUCAGUUGGAGAUCCCAGAUCAACGCUUUAAGCGAUCACUUUCGUGUCGUGGCUUUGGACCUCAAAGGUUUCGGGGAUUCCGAUAAACCAGUCAAGCGUAGCUCCUACCGAAUUGAAGCUAUUCUAGAAGAGCUAAAACAAUUCAUUCAUUCUCUUGGUGUUACCAAAUGUACAAUCAUCGGGCAUGACUUGGGUGCCCUCCUUGGUUGGUAUUUAGUCCAUCGUGAACCGGAAUUAAUCGAAAAAUUCGUCACUGUAGCAUGCCCACAUCCGAAUCUCUACUGGCAGACUAUUUCUACCCACAGUUACUUUAAUUCACAAUGGUUGAAAUUCAUCCAAUUGCCGUAUUUGCCUGAAAUCGACGCAAUGAAAGAAGAUAUUAAUAUAAUCAAUGAUCACUUCAGUCAUCUGCAGAACAACGGCAAGAAAAACAAUUACCUUGAGGCGUACAAGUACGCAUUCUCACGCAAAGAAGACUGGACCGGCCCUAUUAACUAUUACCGAAACCUCCCCUUUACCAGGAUCAGCGAGGACUCCGCCCAGAUAAAGACCUCCACGCUACUGGUGACGGGCAAUAAUAAGUCCCAAUACGCCAAGUUGGAGGGGGUGGUGCAAUCGACGGACUAUUGCGAGAAGUUUCACGUGAAGAUUAUUGAUGGUGCUGGACACUUUCCGCACCAGGAGAACCCGGAGAUGUUUAACAAGGUGGUUUUAAAGUUCCUUAAAGUCUCCACCAUUGCUGAAAAGCAGGUGGAGAAUAGAUCGCCAUCGCAGGGGUUGAUCGGACACUUCUUUGGCGCGGUGUCAAACACUGUCAAAUAUGGUAAUUCGGUUAUAGAUUCAGUUCAGAAGAAAACCGGUGGUAGUAUACCGACCAGUUUAGGGCUGACGUCACAGAAUAAAGACAAGUAAAUGAGAUUUAAACAAGAAAACGCGUAGCCUUAGUAAUUAUUCUCGAUUUGUUACUCACGUACAUUGUGGGAGAAUGUAUGUUGGGUAUGUUUUAUCUAAAUCUGGGCUGUGAUCAGGGAUUUUAAUGUCUUUUACUUACAUUCUUAGUCCAGUGCGGUGAAUAUUUGUAGGUUAAAUAUUACAACAGUUUGUGAACUUACUACGUUUAGUUGAUUCCAAUAGACCUAUUGUACACUUAAUAGUUAUAAACAUUUACACUGUUUAA